GGUGCCAGGCGGCCGCCCGGCUUCCUGCUGACGUCGGAGAGCCGCGGAUGGGCAGGAAAGGGCGCCUCUCCUCCCGCCUCGCCCCGGCGAUAGCAGCGCGGAGCGCUGUCCGGAAGAAGCACGGCGGAGAGGGCGCAGGUACAGGACGGGCCCGGCGGCCAGGAGGUCCGGGCGGCCGCGCCGAGGGGAGUGUGCGGGCCAUGGCCGUCACCGCUUCUUGAAUGCUGUCAGCUGCCCCUCCGCCGCCGAUGGCCGAAGCCUGGAGACUGGAGGAGGACGAGGAGGAGCUGUGGGAGCUCGGCAGGAGGCACCGGAGGGUCGCGCUGAGCUCGGCAGCAGAUCGCUCAGAAAGAAAUAAACCAGACUGCCGCUUUUCAGGGCUUACAACCAAGACAGGUUACCAGCAGGUCUCAUGCCACAGGAGGGUCCCCUGCUACAGAGUACUGAAGUUAGACCGUGCAACGCAAAAUGUGGAAAGUAUUCAUAGUGAAGAGACAGACCCUCACCUUGAUACAACUCAUUUUCAUGUGGUUGUAGAGAGCAAUAAGGUCUCGCAUGAGCCUCUUUUUCUUCAGGGUAAAUGCCCCCAACUCCCUCAGCUGCUUGUCACAAGAUUUGUGCUCCAGACCCUUCACCAGUUUUGUUGCCCUUCUCUGGACACUCAUAGCACCCAAGGACCUUUGUCAUCUAUAAGAGCAGCAAUCAGGAGAUCUUCUCGGACCUCUAGCCAUAGUGAUCAACAGAGGGAUAGAAGGCGUCCUGAAAUUACAAUAGUUGCUGCUGAACCCCUCCGACCAUCCUCCUGGUUUCCAGGUGCAAGUCCUGUCACUCCUCAAGGAUUAGGAUUCCCUUCUGCUUCAUCUCAUGCUCAGUGGAGGAGAAAUGAGCAUCUUCCAGCUGAGCUUCCUCCAUCGUACGAGCAGGUGAUAAAAGAAAUCAAUCAAGUGCAAGUCAAUACAACAAAUAACAAUAAUGCUGCUGCUUCUAGACAAACCACUACUUCUGCAACACAAACUGACUUUCCUGAGGAGCUAAUCAGCCAUUUGCCAGGAAGUAAUGUAAAAACUAGUGUGUCUACACACUGGGAAUCAGGCUGUCAAGCAGAACAGAGUCCUCGUAAACCUCCUAGGCCUCCUGCAUCUCUUCUGGGUAACUCUCCAGCCGAAUAUGAGAAUCCUUUAAUGGUCUUUGAAAAUCAUGAAAGUCAGAGGUGCCAAGUAAAUCCCAAUGCUGUGAUAUGUCCUGUGCCAAAGCCAAGAUCAAGAAGCAAUCUCAGACCUGUGGUCAAAAGUACUGAAAGUAAGACAGAGAGUGGAGAAGAAGUGAACCAGUGUACUGCAAAACAGCAGCAACUUCCAAUUCAGCAGUCACCUCUUCUAGAUGAAGACAGCUUACUAGACAAUCACUUGGUGAUAGACAGCAUGAGUACAGAAAGGAGCCAAAAUAGUAUUGUUUCAAGGAUCAAAGUUUUUGAAUCCCAAGGCAUUAAUGAUACCUCAGGAUCAUCCAAAAAGCCAGAAAUUGCCCCUCGUUCAUUUGUCCCAAGAUCUGUUACUACAAGGAAGCCAGUGAUUGCUCCAAAGCCAGGGGUAGGCAGAAUUUCAGAAGAGUGGGAUGCAUGGACUGAAAGUAGAUCACUAUCUUCCAAAGAAUUGCAGCCUCAGCCUGAAAUAGUUGGGAGCAGUGUUAUAACCAAACCUGAACUGCUGAAGAAACCAAAACCCAGCCUUGUCAAAAGUAGCAAUAGUGAUUUUCUUGAUGCAAGGAGUGGAUCAGUUGCAGAAAACAGCAAUGGACAGAAGAGAUUUCCUGUUCCUGCUCCAAGGCCUCUUGUUCCUAAAAAGUCAUGUUACUCAGAAGAUCUUGCCCUUUCUUUGGCCUCCCUAAAACCAGUUGCUGCUCCUCCACGGCCUUCUCUAUCUGCCCAAGAAAAAGUUUUAACAUCUCUGGGGGAAUUGUCCCCUGCAGACAACUCCUCAGCACCUGCUCUGCAAAAUAAACUAGAUAUGGAAGGAGAUCUGAUCAGUUUUGAUGAUGAUGUUUUGCCGCUAAGUCCAGUUUCUGUAGUUAAAGAUGGCAUCAGUUCUGAAGCUACAGCAGAUCCAUUUCAGUUCCUCACCAAAAAUGAACCUGCCAAGGAACAGAUGGCUCAACCAGCUUUAGCUCGGAAGCCCACUGUGAUCCGAAUCCUAGCUAAACCUGGGAAAUCUUUAAAUGACAUCCCAUAUAGCCCUCCGCCACUUCCUGCUGAAAAGCCUAUUGGGAACACAUCCAGUGUCACAAUGGGAAAACCCAGCAGUGGUAACCUAGUGGAAAAAGGGGAGUUGGAUCACUCAGAACAGUGUGGAAUGCCUCAGCUAGAACCUCUGGUACCCCCAAGAAUUCUUAGGCCUGUGGAUGGAAAAAUUAUACCUGCUCGACCUCCCCCACCUAAAAGUGUUCCUGGAAGGCCACCUCCACCAAAAUUCCCUGCAGCCAAGACCUCCUCCCAGAAGGAUGUUCUUUCGCGAUCUAGUUCUGACAUUGCUGCUGAUAAAAAAACCAACAAGUUCAGGCUGGGAUCCAAGAGAGCAAAAAGUGCAGUCUUUAAAAAUCUAGAUCCAGCAUUACCUCCUCGACCUAAACCGGGUCAUCCUCUCUACACUAAAUACAUGCUACCUGAGCCUCAUAGAGUUGCUGAGGACGACUGUCUUCCUAUCAACACUGGAGAACUGUUCUGUAAGGAUUCAAACCACCCUCCAAAAGUUUCUGACACAAGUGCACCUCAUGCUGUAGUCCUGCAUGAUUUUCCUGCAGAGCAUGCUGAUGACUUGGACCUUCAUUCUGGAGACACCAUUUGUCUUUUGGAGAAAAUAGAUACCGAAUGGUAUAGAGGAAAAUGUGGGAAUCGCACGGGGAUAUUUCCUGCCAACUUUGUUAAAGUGAUUAUUGAUGUUCCAGAAGAAGCCAACAAGAAAAAAAUACCCUCUUCAUCACGAUGUAUCAAAGGUCCAAGAUGUGUAGCACGAUUUGAAUACAUUGGCGAUCAGAAAGAUGAGCUCAGUUUUUCAGAAGGUGAAACUAUUAUCCUGAAAGAAUAUAUAAAUGAAGAGUGGGCCAAAGGAGAGCUCAGAGGCACGUCUGGAAUUUUCCCCUUGAACUUUGUGGAAGUAAUUGAAGAUCUGCCUGGAACAGGUACAGAAACAGCAGUGAAGAAUGAAAUGGAGUUUUCGUCUUCCCUUUCUCAGAACAACAGACGUUCAGUGGAGUGGUGUGAAGCACUUCAUGAUUUUACAGCAGAAACCAAAGAUGAUUUAUCCUUCAAAAAGGGAGACUACAUCCAAAUACUGGAACAAGUAGAUUUGGAGUGGUAUAGAGGAAGACUGAAUGGAAAAGAAGGGAUUUUCCCAGCAAUUUUUGUUCAGACCUGCUCAGCCAGGGUAGAGCUGUCACAGCCUGGAGGAGGGAAGAAAGGAAAAGCCAAAGCUCUUUAUGCUUUUCAUGGAGAAAAUGAAGAUGAGCUUUCCUUCAAAGCAGGUGACAUGAUAACAGAGCUGGAAUCUGUAGACGAGGACUGGAUGAGUGGAGAGAUACUAGGAAAGUCUGGGAUAUUUCCCAAAAACUUUGUUCAGAUCUUAAAAACACCAUGAAGUGUUGCCUUUGUACUACUCCCUUCGUGUGGGAGAGAAUGUUUUCUAUCCUAAAGGCACAGCAAAGAAAUCAACAAAUGUUGAAUAUCAGUGUUUUGCACUACUUUUUCUAGUAUAGUAGUAUAUAGUAAUAUCUUGAAGUCAGAUAAAAAAAUUUGAGUCUUUUAUGACAGUAUAUGUAGUGAUGUUUCAUGAAUGCUCAGAGAGCAAAACAAGCAGGCUUUUUAGCCAUUUCCAACUAGAGAAAUACUGUGGUGCAACACCAUUUUAACUUACAUAGCAUUCUAGUGUGAUUACUCUCUGGUAUUACAUUUAUCAUGCACAAAGAUGCAUGAUAAAUAACAUGCAUAACAUAAGCUGCUUUGGCCUUCUUCUUAAGAUCCAAACUUUAAAAAAUGUUUAUUACUUAAUUACAGCACUCAGUAUGUAGAUGAAGUUUGAUAUUCAGGUUUCAUUACUACUUGAGUUCCACAUUAGCAGUAGAAUCCACUUUUGUUUUAUGAGUUAGAGGAUAAGAAAAAUAACUGGUAUUUCAUUGUAGAAAGGUAUCAAAUCUAAUACUAGUAAGAGGGAAAAUGGAGCUAUAAAUCCUUGUAUAGUAUCCUUCUGUUCUUAGUCCAAGCUGCUCAUACAGCAAGAUCACAGUAAAAUUAAUAAAAUUUUUAAGUAUUUUGCCUCUU